AUGUCCUGCGAAUACCCUCCACAGGCACAGCAGCGACACAAGAGCCCUACGCCGGCAGAAUCCGAGCACACGCCGCCGGUGAGCAGGCAAGAUAAGGCGGUCCAAGAAUUCAAGGAUGCGGUCUCAAAUCUCAUCCGAUCGACCGCUCCGCCUGCCUAUCUUCUUCCCAAACCACCGGGCUGCUCAGUGGGGCAGUCGUUCAGCAUUGAAGACAUGGGACUGCUCCACCACUACACGGCCUACACGAGCCUGACGUUUGCCGAUCUUCCCGAAAUCAUCGAGAUCUACAGAGUGACGGCGCCGCAGCUGGCGUUCUCCGAUCCAGAUCUACUGUCCAGCCUGCUCGCCAUUUCUGCGCUUCACCGCGCGCAUGUCGACCGGAACCCGGAGCGGCAGCAGGCGUAUUUCAGCCGAGCGACCAAGCAUCAGAAUCACAGUAUCCGCGUCUUGCAGGAUCGCAUCACGAACAUCACGCAGCAGAAUUGUGUAGGGCUUUAUGUUUCUGCAUGCAUUCUGUCGAUUUACACUCUGGCCGAGAAGGCAUGGUUAUGGCGAUGCUCGCGAGAUACUGCGUCGCUUGAUGACGUUAUCAGAUGUGUGCGGCUCUUCCGUGGCGUUCCGUCGAUCCUGCGGCACGAAAAUCACUCUGUAUUUCGCUGGGUCAUGGACGGCCCACUCAAGCCGAUCGGAGAUGGAUUCUUGUACAAACCGACAGGGAGCUUUACUCCAGAGCAAGAGGCCUAUUUCGCCAUUCUUCGUCAGUUUCUCGUCGAGGAUCAGGAUUCUGGUGAUGAGGAACGGGCUGUGUACUUGGAAGCAUUGCAGGUCCUCCGAGAAUACGCAGAACUCCUUCUUGACGUCCGAGUGCAGCGGCAGAUUGAGACUGUUGGUUUGACGUUGGCGUGGCCCACCAUCGUCUCGGAGCAGUAUCUGAAAUAUCUCGGGGAGCCUCGGCGUGGGGCCAUUCUGCUUCUCGCUCAAUAUGCUGCCUUGUUCAUGAGGCUUGAGCAGUUUUGGUGGGCGGAGACUUGGGGUAAGACGGUGUUGGCGGUCUCGUUGGAGCUUUUGCCCGAAGUGUGGAAGUGGGCGAUCCGCAGUUUUUGCCGCGAGAAUGGAGUAAAUGGUUGCUCUACAUGA